UAAAACCGUACUAUAAACCUAAAUCACCUUGGAAGGGCAUCCUGGUCAGACGCGCAUAACACUAAUCUUAAAAACAAAACAAAAAAAGCAGGAUCACACACUUUGUCUAGUGCUUAUUCUGAACCACCUGCCGACUGCGGCCAGGUAUCUUAAUAUAGUCAUCUGCUUAGGGUCAAUAGUUAUAUUAGGGUUUCUGAAAGUUGGCAUUUUGAGGGCUACGGCUAUUCUGGGCAGUACGGUAAGCGCUCGAAGGUCCGCCUCCGGCCCAGGUGAGGUGGGGCAUCGGCCGGCCGAGUAGAAGACGGGAGUCCGCGCGCCCCGUCGCUCUAUGUGGGAAGGCGGCGCUGGACUGAGUAACGACAAAGCGGCACUUUUCAGCGGAAAUCAUAAUGAAACCAUCCAGCUUCCAUAUAUAGAACUGUUUUUACUUGUGGACCGAGUUUUGAAGUUGCUGAACUAAUCAGGGAGCCAGGACUUGAAGCGUAUCAGUAUGGCGGAGCAUGAGAGUUUGGAGUUCGGCAAGGCGGAUUUUGUGCUUCUUGACAACGUCUCUUUGGAUGAUUUCAUGGCCAAUCUCAAACUCAGGUUUGAGAAAGGCCGGAUCUACACCUACAUCGGAGAGGUGGUGGUGUCCGUGAACCCGUACCGUGCCAUGAACAUCUACGGGCGUGACACCAUCGAGCAGUACAAGGGCCGUGAGCUAUACGAGCGCCCGCCCCACCUCUUUGCCAUCGCCGACGCCGCCUACAAGGCGAUGAAGAGGAGGAACAAAGACACGUGCAUUGUCAUCUCAGGUGAGAGUGGAGCCGGAAAAACAGAAGCCAGUAAAUACAUAAUGCAGUACAUCGCCGCCAUUACCAACCCCAGCCAGCGAGCGGAGGUGGAGAGGGUGAAGAACAUGCUGCUGAAAUCUAACUGUGUCCUGGAGGCCUUUGGGAAUGCCAAGACCAAUCGCAACGACAACUCCAGCCGCUUUGGCAAGUACAUGGACAUCAACUUUGACUUCAAAGGAGAUCCCAUCGGCGGUCACAUAAACAACUAUCUUCUGGAGAAGUCCCGAGUCAUCGUCCAACAGGAAGGAGAGAGAAGCUUCCACUCGUUCUACCAACUUGUGAAGGGGGGGCCAGAGUCUCUCCUGCACUCCCUGCACAUCCAGAAGGACCCCACUGUCUACAGCUACAUCAAAGUGGGAGGACAAGUCAAGUCAUCCAUAAAUGACAGCGCAGAUUUCAAAGCUGUGGCAGACGCCAUGAAGGUGAUCGGCUUUACUGCUGAGGAGAUCCAGACGGUCUACAAGAUCCAGGCCGCCAUUCUGCACCUGGGCAACGUGAAGUUCGGCAGCGAUGGGGACACGACGCUGAUCGAGAAUGGGAAGCUGGUGUCUGUGCUGGGCGAGCUGCUGUCCACCAAGCAGGAGAACGUGGAGAAAGCGCUGCUGUACCGCACGGUGGCCACGGGCCGUGAUGUCAUCGACAAGCAGCACACGCCGCAGGAAGCCAGCUACGGCCGCGACGCCCUGGCUAAGGCCAUUUAUGACCGCCUCUUCUGCUGGAUCGUGGGCCGGAUCAAUGACAUAAUCGAGGUUAAGAACUACGAUGCCAAAGUCCACGGGAAGAACACGGUUAUCGGAGUGCUGGACAUCUAUGGCUUUGAGAUUUUCCAGAACAACAGCUUCGAGCAGUUCUGCAUAAAUUACUGCAAUGAGAAGCUCCAGCAGCUCUUCAUCCAGCUGGUGCUGAAGCAGGAGCAGGAGGAGUACCAGCGUGAGGGAAUCCCCUGGAAGCAUAUCGACUACUUCAACAACCAGAUCAUCGUGGACCUGGUGGAGCAGCAGCAUAAAGGCAUAUUUGCCGUGCUGGACGAGGCCUGCAUGAACGUGGGGAAGGUGACGGAUGAGGUCUUCCUGCAGGCCCUCAAUAGCAAACUGGCCAAGCACCCCCACUUCACCAGCCGCAAGCUCUCCCCGACAGACAAGAGCCUGGAGUUCGACCGGGAUUUCCGCAUCCGGCACUAUGCAGGCCACGUGAUGUACUCUGUGGUUGGUUUCAUUGAUAAGAACAAAGACACCCUGUUUCAGGAUUUUAAAAGGCUGCUGUAUAACAGCUCCAACCCCGUGCUGAAGGGCAUGUGGCCGGAGGGGAAGCUGGGCAUCACGGAGGUCACCAAGCGGCCCCUGACGGCCGCCACACUCUUCAAGAACUCCAUGAUCUCGCUGGUGGACAACUUGGCUUGCAAGGAACCUUACUAUGUUCGCUGCAUCAAGCCCAAUGACGUGAAAUCACCGCUGCUGUUUGAACCGGAGCGCUGCCGCCACCAGGUGGAGUACCUGGGCCUGCUGGAGAACGUGCGGGUGCGUCGCGCCGGCUUUGCCUACCGGCAGACCUACCCCCGCUUCCUGCAGAGGUACAAGAUGAUCUCUCAGUUCACCUGGCCAAACCACGAGCUGCCGUCGGACCGUGAGGCCGUGAUGCGGCUGCUGCAGGGCUGCGGCUUCGAGCAUGACGUGGCGUACGGGAAGACGAAGGUGUUCAUCCGCACGCCACGCACGCUCUUCACCCUGGAGGAGCAGCGGGCAGAGAUGGUGCAGCGCAUCGUCCUCUUCCUGCAGAAGGUGUGGCGUGGAACGGUGGCACGGAUGCGUUACCGGCGCAUGCGAGCCGCGCUCAUCAUUUUGCGCACUUACCGCCGCUACAAGGUCAAGUCCUACAUACGUGAGGUCAACCGGCGUUUCAAAAACGUCCGUGCCAUGAAGGACUACGGCAAGCACAUCAAAUGGCCCAUGCCUCCCAAGGUCCUGCGCAGGUUUGAGGAGGCCCUGAGGAGCAUCUACAGUAGGUGGUGGGCCUGGACCCUCAUUAAGAGCCUGUCCCCCGAGGAGAUGGUGCAGGUGAGGGCCAAGGUGGCCUCCCUGGAGUCUCUGAAGGGCCAGAGGACUGACCUCGGCAUACAGAGAGCUUGGGAAGGCAAUUACCUGAAGCGAGACAGCCCCGAAACCGCAUCGUCCUUCACUUUGGUGUCCAGUGACCUGCAGCGCAAAGACAAGUUCAUGCGGGUUCUGUUCUCCUCCAACGUGCGGAAGAUCAAUCGAUUCCAUAAAUCUGAAGACCGGGCGGUGCUGAUCACCGAUAGGCACCUUUACAAGAUGGACCCCCUAAAGCAGUACAAGCCCAUGAAGAGCAUUCCGCUAUAUAAUGUGACCGGGCUGAGUGUGUCCCCUGGGAAGGACCAGCUUGUGGUGUUCCACACGAAGGACAGCCGGGACCUGAUCGUGUGUCUGCAGGGAAUGGUGCCCGCCGGCGAGAGCCGAAUCGGGGAGCUGGUGGGCACCAUGCUCAGCCACUUUAAAAGUGAGAAGCGGAAGCUGCAGGUGAGCGUGGUCAGUCCCAUCCAAUGCAGCAUGAAUGGCAGGAAGUGCACCGUCGUCGUGGAAACCAAGAUCAACCAAUCUCAGCCGGACUUCAUCAAGAGCCGCUCUGGGUACAUCCUGGCUGUCCCGGGGAGCUAAGCAGGGCCGGAAUGCGGGGUUCUCUUCCGAGCCGCCUUUGAGGACAUGUUUUCCUGUUGGUACCCUUAUUAAGGGAGUCAUUUUUAAAUGGGGAAAAAUAGAUGACAAAUUGUUAAAAUAUACACAGUGAUGCCAUACCAAAGAAGAGAAGAACAAAAGGCAAAUUGUGGAAAAAUCUUGGAUAUGCUUCCUCCUUGCCGCCUGAAUAGCAAUUAAGAUGCAAACACACACACCUGUCUAUAACACAUUGUCAGUAUAAAAACUAAUAAUACCGUUUUCUUUUUUUCUAUACUUUUUUUUUAUGAAAAGAGGCAUUUUGUUCAAGAAAUCUGGCGUAAGUCAAGUCUCUUUAUAUAUUUUGUUGUAAUAGCCACAGCCCUCCUUCAUACACCAUGUGACAAUGGCCCGACCAAUCAUACGUGUAGCCUUUGUGUGCAGGCCACUGGUGGCACACCUUUCUGUGCACAUACUGACUGCCAAGGAGGGAGCAAAGAAGCAGGUAUACGCCACCCUAAGCAGAAGCGUGUGCGUGUGUCUCUGCACGUAGCGCGCGCGUGUCCUACAAACUGGCUUCAGAUAUUCAAGGAAUAAUGCCUGUAGUACUAGUUUUAAGCAGCAUUCUAAUAUCUGUUAGCUUGGCUUGAUGAGCUGGGUGUGCUGAGCAUAUCCUGAUAACCAAAAACUGCUUUUAAAAAAGCAACAAAAUAUCUUAAUUUAUAUGCAUUUUUGCACCUUUUCUUAUCCUUUUGUUUAUAUAUGUUGUUUAUAUAAAAUAUACCUACACUCAGUGUGUGCGUCUGUAUGAAUAUGAUAGUCAUUCCCCUAUGUGUGAGUGAGUGUGUGUAUGUGUGUGUUUUGUGCUCACACACCCGCUAAAUGCAAAUGACGACAGACAGGAAGCAUUAGUGUCUGUCGUUGUAUAGUGUCUUGUUGAUUAUAACCCAGUCCAUGGCUGCAGGACUCCCACAAUGCCAUGCGUGCCUUAGUGUCCGGACCUCAGGGAGACAUACAAAGAUGGCCAAUGACUGUUCGCGGCAUCCAUUCAUGUUUUCUUUGUGAAGUGAUGGACUAUCACUAGGCAAUUGUGCAGUGUGUAGAUUUUCACUUCAGUAUGUUUUAUUUUCCUAGACCUGCCAUAGGUUACACAUGGGCUUGCAGGUGCUAAUAUCCCUGAAUCCCAAAUGUCUCUUGAUCAGCUCCAAAACAAGUCAGAUCAAACACAGCUAAUUAUUGUCACUCCGAUAUUGCUGUGUGCAUUGCUGCAGAUUACAGACCGUAAUGCAUAUGAUGACAAAGAACUAACCCAGUUUGUUGUAUUUAGCAUACAAGUCAACAAAUCUACAGGUCAUCCCAGUAUGUAACUUUACAAUGUCUUAGCUGAAACUGCUCUCUGAUGGAUUGUGUCCCUGCUAUAGUUUCCUUAAGAUCAAGGGUUAAAAAGCUCUUAAAGGGGUAUGAAGGGCCAUAUCAUUUGUGAACUGACUGACUUUGUCUCUAGCCGGAGUUAAUUAGCUGUUUGAGUCCUGCCCUGGAAUAGACUAACCAAAUCGAUGCCUAGGUGGAUUAAUAUUUUCACAGUUCUCUCUGUGUAGCUAUAUAUAAAGAUAUAUUUAUAUUAUAUGAAUGACAGGACUUCCCCAUCAUGGAGUUUUACUCUCUUGUUCAAGGUUUUGAAGUCUCCCAAUUCAAAUGACAUUAAUGAAACACUACACAGAGCUGUCUCCUCUUCAGCAACACUGUUUACGAUGUACUUGGCAUGGUAGAGAAAUUUUGUUGAAUUCUGUUGCAUUGGACUGGCUGUUCAGAUUCAGGGUUAAACAUCAUUCAGACUGGAGUUACACAGGUAAUUCAGUUUAUGAAAAAUAGACAUAUUUUUCAACUAUCAAGGGAGAUCCAACAUAAGUCAGUCGAUGACCAUGAUGAUGUCAAAACGACAUUACAUUACCACCACUUGUGCUUUCAGUCCUCAGUCAGUCCAGUCUUUCAGAGUAGGAUUUCGAAGUGAAAAUCAAAGGUGUUUAUUUGAGCUUAUUCCAUUAUUUGUGAGCAUGCUUGUGAUCCACAUGCCCCCCCCCUCCCUUUCCUCUGUGCUUCAACAAGUCUGUGUGCAAAAUAUUGACUCUGUUUAACUGAAAGGGAUGUGGGGAGUUUUAAAAGGGAAGUCCCAAGGUGUCUGGCCUAGUUAGAGCGAUUCCAGGAGAGGGAGCGAGUGCCAAACUCAAAGAUAUCCCUGAUAUUUUCUGACAACGUCAUUGAGUUGGAGUUUUGUAAUUGCAAAUUAAUUUGAAUGUCAUGGGGUAGCUGAUAAAAACACCUCUGUCUGAGUAUGCAGGAGGUGUACAUGUGUACAUAUAACAUAACAUACUUCUCCAAUUAGCUACAAUUAAAUUACAAAGAGAGUUUGUGGAUGGUCCUUAAACAUCAGCAAAUCAAAGUAAGGUGAAGCUUAUUUUCAAUGAAAUCACCAAAAAUGCAUUUGACUUUGUUACUCUGGCAAUGAAUUUGAAUAUCAUCAGCAAAGUCGCUCUUCCCAGCGAACACUGGCUGCUGUGUAACUCAAAGCACAGUCUGAGUCUGAGCUGUGUCACCUGCCAGCUGUAAGGCAGAGCUGUACAGAGGUAAAAAAAAUAAUAAUUGGCGUUGUUUUGCAGCAGAAGGGGGGGGCGGUGGGGUGUGAGCUGGCUGCGCUGUCUGUCCGCUGCAUCCGCAGACCUGACACCCCCUUACAGGGUGCCGACCUCCUACAGGGAGACAUGGGCCUCUCUUCUCCAGUUGGCAGAAGCUCCUUCCCAUGCCUUCGUGUGACCCGCAGUGUGAAAAGGCAGCCUUUGGCUUGGCAGCCGCCGUGUUGCAGGUUCGCCUUCCCUGCCUCUGUGAUGUCUGGGCAGGCGAGGCUGUAUGCCAAGCAAAAUUGGGCUAAAAAUGCGAGAUGAUGCCUUAAGGACAGUACUUCAGUUCACCAUUUUCACACAAUUGGAUGAAAACAGCAGUAAGGCAGGGUGUUCUGCUACUGUACUCGUUCCCAUUUUGCCAAUCCAGUUCUUCCUCACCCAGACCUCCGUGUCUCAAUCAUCUUCGUUUAACAUCCUCUCACCUUCAGUAGUUUCAGCAUCUUCGGUGCAGGUGUGUACCAAAAGAUAUUUUUUGCUCCCUAACAAGCUGAUGCUUCCUUUUCAUUACCAGACUUACCAUCCAGGCCAGAGAAUUGUGCCAUCCCAUAACACAGCACAGGUCCCAUCAUUUCCAUACUAUGUCUGAUCUUCCUUCCUCCUUGCUCAAUGUCCCUACCCAUAAAUCGUAGUAGCUGCAUUUAGAUUUCAGCAGUGUCUUGACGUGUCUGCUUUGACGUAUCGCUGUUGCUGUGGAUUUAGCCAUGUUGCUAGCGUCAGGUCCGAUAUUAGCAGAUCUGCAAAUGAGCAUCCUUUUAGCGCAUAAAUGUCCAAAGGAAUUGACCUAUAGAGAUGUAGGAUUUUAUGGAGCAGAUAGACACCCGAAUAUGCCUCCAGCUUUCGGAACUGGAAUCUCGUAUGUUUGGCUGCAUGUUGUCAUUGGCGCUCGGCCAAGCCUUGGGUUUUUUGUGUUUGGAUGUCUUAAUGUUAAACGCUAUUUAAAAUUGGAAUUAUAAUUUAGAAAAAUUAUUUAGCGAGUCGGAGUGUUCAUUUAUCAGGCUUAAUUAAAUCACAGCAGUUGACCCGCUCCUGCUGGGUGCGCAGGUGGCUGUGUACUCUGCCGCUGCCGUGACGGUAGAACGUCGAAGGGAACGCGGUGUAUAGAUGCCCGGUGCUGCUCCCUCACAGCCCAUCCCAUUUGGGGAGACUUCUCUGCUCUGGGUAAUUGACCUUGUGGCGGGAAGCUGAUGCUUAAUAAUUCCCAGUCGUGGUUCUUCCUCCACAUUGUCUCUUCUCUAAAAGUGGCUUUAAGUUUAAAUCAUAGCCUUCGUGUUUGUUUGUUUUCUGUAACCUAUAAAUUAUUUUAAAGGGAACCAUUAUGAAAAGUGCUUACAGUUUAUACCAAUAUAUACAUGGUGCAUACAAUGUUCUAUGAUAUAAUUUUAAUGAUUCUCUUGUGGCAUCAUCUAGCACAACAAUCAGGUAUUUUGUAUGGAAGUGGAUGUAUUACUGACACCCAUUUUCCUGUUUUCAGUGCUCUUGGGUUUAAAAAGAAUUUUGUCCUUAAGUAACAUUGGCAUUAAAAUCCUAUUCUGUUGUUUUGUUUUUUGUAACAUUAAAGUCAUUCCACUUGGAAGCAGUGCCUUCAUGACCAUCAGGCCUUACCUUGGGUUCAUCCAGCUAGUUUCAUCCAUAUAAUGAUAGCAGCAUUUGUUAUGGCAAAGUCAGAGAUCUGAUCCCCUCUUAAACCCCAUUCUCAGCCAUGAAGCAACUCUAUGUCCACCAUUAGCAGCUUGUGUGUAUUGUCACAGCUUUUCAACCUGAUAACUUUUAUUUUAUUGCUCCAAUAAGGCAGUACUCAGCAUCUUAUUUGAGAUGAGGUGAGGGCAGUGGUUUGUAUUAGUAACAAGGUGUAAUUGUCAUUUCAAAGCUGGAUGUUUGUAUUAUGUUUCUGCUUCACACAGUCGCUCUUUGAUUCCUCGGUGUCUGUCUGUUUAGUUUCCUGAUGGAGAACUGAAGUAAUUGGAUGUGGUUAGACGCUGGUGUACCUGUAUCAAACCCACGCAUCGUUGUGGUAUUUAGCAAUACAUAUGAAUAUACAUAUAUAUCUAAAACUGGGUGUUAAAUCAGAAUCUCUAGGCAGAUCGUUGGAGGUGCCUCUGGAUUUUGGGCCCCGUGAAAGCGUAUCAUAAUGAGCUUCUAUACCAGACCAAUCGAAUCGUGUUCCAAGCUCUUUAGGGUUCCCGUCAGUUAGGGGCCCUUAGAAUCAUAAUAAACCCCCCCCAUUUAAGGCGCCCCCUGAAGAUCAGGUAUAGUUCUGUUCAUAGAAUAGAAUAAAGUUAAAAAUAAUUAGAAAUCUUACUGUAUUUAACUGUUUUGUGGCCUUGCUACAUGUAGUCCUUGAUCAGCAUAUUUAAUGAGGUGUUUUGACAGGGUAAACCCUUUGGUAACCCUAUGCACAUUGCAGCCACUAUCAGCCAAAAUGAAAAGGGUUUCUCAGCGUGAUGUGCAGCCCACAGCAUAGAUAGAAUACCAAAACUUCUCACUCCAUAUAUGGAGUUAGGGCAUUUUGAAUGUGCUAUGGUGUUUUUGUAUGCCUGUCUUCAUCUUCCAAUGGAUAUAUCAGCACUAUAUUAAAUACAUGCAAGGCAAUAUUAAGUGCUGUAAGAAUGUACUAGAGCACGCAACAUUUUUAUAAUGCUGGAUCAUUUGUGUAUUUGUCAAUAAAAAAGUUCCUAACCGGAAA